GGAAAUCCUGGCCGUGCAGAGUCUCGCCACCGCGGGCAGAGCAGGAUGCGGAGCAGGCCGGGGCCUGCAGCCCAGCGCCAGGUAUGCGGCCCCGCGGCAGGCGCACCCACGGCAGGUGCAGCGCAGCCAGUGCCACGGCCCCGGGACGGGAGCCCUGCAGGUGCGGUCGGGACACGUCCCGGGUCUGCAGGAAAGCCACGCGGCUGCCGAACAGCCGAGCGCCCUCCGCCUGCAGGUCCCGGGGUGCAGUGGGGGUGACGCCCGCAGCGGCUCCGGGACGGGGCGCGGGCGGAGGGGUCCCCGGGGCUCCUCUCGGCAGAGGCCUCACUGGACCCCCGGCGCUGCCCGCCCAGCCCUCGCACCGGCACCCUCUCCGUCCACCCUCGGCCGUCCCUGGGCAUGCGGCUCCCCCAGCAUCCCGGCCCCGUGCUCAGAAGCCCCGGAGCCUCCAGCUGCCACCCGAGUCCCCUUGGCGGGCCCAGGAGCCACCACACGUUCACACCCACCCACCCUGGGGGGGACUCAUGGUCCUUUGUCGAAGGGCCGCUCAGCCCCGAUCCCGUUUUGCAAAUAAGCAACUACCGAGCACAGCUGGGGAAAGGGCGGCGCGGGACGUCUUCAGGCUCCCAGCGCGUGGUAGGGGGGCUCCCAGCCCCGGGGUGAGGCUGCUAGACUCUAGGGGCAGGGUGUGGGCAUGGCCAGGGCACCUUACACCGUCAAAGAUCCCACGUGGCUCCGAGGCUGCGGAAUCGCUCCAGGGCUGGGUCCAGGGCCCCGGCAGGACGGAGUGGCUGGGAAGGGACGUGUGGGCACAAAGAAGAGGGCGCCCAACGGCAGCGAGUGACGAGGGGGCGGCGGGAGCUGCCGGGCCUUCAAACCACCCGAGUGGCCCAGCUCGGGGCCCCAGAGCCCUGUGUCUGCCGUGCCGGGAGAGGCCCAGGAGGGGGCAGGCGUGGUGGGCAGAGGGGGCCAGUAGGAGGGGUGGGCAGACCCGGCUCCUCACAGGCCCCGCGCCCUGCGGCCCGCGGGCCGGGGAGGCCUCACGCUUUUCCUGGGUCUCUCCUCUGACUCCACGCCUCCCCUGAGCUCCCGGCGGGCGGGCUGCACCUGGGCAGGUGGGCAGAGGGGCUCCCACGGAGGGCGAGGGUGACGGGCUGCAGCCCCCUCGGGUGACUGUCUCCUGGCAGCCCCACCCGCCCCCUGUGAUCUUGGUGCCCGCGGUCCACCCAGGGCGGCUGCUCCAGCCGAGCCCUGUCGGGACCUGCUGCUGCGGGGGAGGAAUGCCAGGCGGUCACGUCCCUCAGCUACAGAUGGGCAGGCCUCCUCCCUCAGACGCUGGCACCCUCGCCCUCGGCCCCGCCUGCUGUGCCCUCACCUGGCGUCCUGGUGGCACCUCCAGGUGAAAGCACGACUGGCUGUCCCGGAAGAGCCUUCCAGCCUCAGCAAAGCCCUGUUUCCCCGACGAUAGGUGUCCCCUCCUCCAGGGCCAGCCCCUGGGCCUGAGCAGUUAGAGCCAACGGGCAUCGUCAUCAGUUUGCUCUCGAGAAGCCGCGAUAAGCAGAGGAGCUGACAGCAGCAGCAGGACGAAGGCGAGGUCACGAUGGGCCACGCGGGGGGGAAGCAGAGGGGGAGCCCCCCCUCGCUGUGCCGGGUAGGAAAUCCUGGCCGUGCAGAGUCUCGCCACCGCGGGCAGAGCAGGAUGCGGAGCAGGCCGGGGCCUGCAGCCCAGCGCCAGGUAUGCGGCCCCGCGGCAGGCGCACCCACGGCAGGUGCAGCGCAGCCAGUGCCACGGCCCCGGGACGGGAGCCCUGCAGGUGCGGUCGGGACACGUCCCGGGUCUGCAGGAAAGCCACGCGGCUGCCGAACAGCCGAGCGCCCUCUGCCCGCAGGUCCCGGGGUGCAGUGGGGGUGACGCCCGCAGCGGCUCCGGGACGGGGCGUGGGCGGAGGGGUCCCCGGGGCUCCUCUCGGCAGAGGCCUCGCCAGACCCCCGGCGCUGCCCGCCCAGCCCUCGCACCGGCACCCUCUCCGUCCACCCUCGGCCGUCCCUGGGCACGCGGCUCCCCCAGCAUCCCGGCCCCGUGCUCAGAAGCCCCGGAGCCUCCAGCUGCCACCCGAGUCCCCUUGGCGGGCCCAGGAGCCACUGCGCGUUCACACCUACCCACCCUGGGGGGGACUCGUGGUCCUUUGUUGAAGGGCCGCUCAGCCCUCUGGGAGGGCUCUCCUCUCCCUGAUGUGACGUCAGAAACCAGACAGAGACCCCUGCUCCCGACGCACGUGCCCAUCCAGUGCUCCGCUUCCUCCAAAAGACCUUGAUCCUCACGCAGGAUUUACCGUUUCUGUCAAUUAUGCUGUGAGAGAACGGGAGACGUAGCGCUCAGCGGAGGGAUGAAAACCUAGAAGACAGCGUCCCAUCAGCCACCCCAUCGCCGCAGCUGCACUAGUUACUAACCCCCCUCAGCACCCCCGCAGGGAAGCCAGGCUUAGCACGCUGCACGUCACCACACUGCCCGUCUCUGCUUUUCUCUAAUUUCCUGUUUAAUUAUCUUAUGUUUUUUUCAUUCUACAAGAACGUAGAUCCACGAACACAUAGAUCUCACCAGUCUUAUUCACUCUUGUCCUCCUGGCUUUGCAGAGAGUUGGCGCCUAAUAAAUAUUUGCUG